AUGGAGGGCCAGCAGACUAACGAAAUUGUCUAUGACCUUCUGCUUUCUCAAGCUUGGAGUGGCGAUCCUAUCGACACGAACCACUAUUUCAAGAGCUGGGCUGCUGCACGAUAUUCGAGCAGCAAACGACCGGCAAGUAUUUACGCUGCAUGGGAGACGGUCCGCACUACUGUCUAUGAUAACACCAAUCUGACUUUGAUGCCAUCUGUACCAAAGUCAAUCAUCGAACUCAUUCCCAGAACGACUGAUAUGGCUGAUAUCAUCGGAAUUCUGGGUACUAAACUGACAUAUGAACCCGCUACCAUGGUAAGCGCGUGGAAGCAGCUCUACCAGGCUGGUUUACAGGAUACAUCACUCUUCAACAAUUCGGCAUACCAAUACGACAUCGUCGAUUGGACACGUCAAGUUUUAUCCAAUGCAUUCAUACCCAUAUAUGAGAAGAUUCUGCAGAUCUAUAACAUGCCUAAUCAGACUGCUGAAACCCAAGCCACACAAUUAAGGACACAAGAAGAGCAGCUUACCGGUCAACUCCUUUCCCUCGAUCUUGUUCUCUCGUCGAAUAAAAAUUUCCGCCUUUCGACUUGGCUCUCAGCAGCUCGUGCGUCCGCCCCACACCCAGCAUAUGCUGACUUUUUCGAGUAUGAAGCUCGCAAUCAAAUCACUAUCUGGGGCCCUUCAGGUCAGCUCAUCGAUUAUGCGUCAAAGGCAUGGUCUGGGCUGAUGAAGACAUAUCACUUGAAGAGGUGGCAAAUGUUCAUCGAUUAUUUGGUUGCCACAGAACCAGCGAAUUACGACCAGACUGAAUUCCAGGAUGUCUUAUUACCUUGUGAGCUAUCAUGGGCUAAUAGCACCGGAGCCAAACUGGAUGAGUCAGACGAAGAGUUGGAUGUAGGAGACAUAUGA